AUGUUGGCAAAAGAGUCGGCGAGGUUCGACAUCCCGGAGGAGCUGCUCGAGGUUCUGCCGUCGGACCCAUUCGAGCAGCUCGAUGUCGCCCGGAAAAUCACCUCCAUCGCGCUUUCGACACGUGUCGACGCCCUCGAGUCGGAGGUGUCCGUCCUCCGUGACCAGCUCACCGACCGCGACAAUAUCAUAUCCGGCCUCGAGUCGCAGCUGGAGUCGCUCGACGCCGCCUUGAACGAGGCCUCCGAUAAGCUCACCACGGUUCAGCAGGAAAAGGAAGGAUUGAUUAGGGAGAAUGCGCAGCUAAGCAGUACUGUGAAGAAACUGAACAGAGAUGUUGCCAAGUUGGAAGCCUUCAGAAAGACGCUCAUGAGGUCACUCCAAGAUGAUGAAGAAAACCCUGCGAGUGUUCCUAAGGCUGCUCCUGUGCACAUGGCAAGCAAUAAUGACGGUGCUGCCUUACCACCAAGCAGAACAGCUUCUAUGCAGAGCCAAUUUUCAGAUUCCGAAAGUUCAAAUGCAGGGGGCGUUGAGACUGAAGUCAUGAAGCCUCGUGUAUCUCAUGGUCUGUUGCUAGCAUCCCAGACAAGCACGCCUCGGCUAACUCCUCCUGGUUCCCCUCCAAGUCUCUCUGCAUCUGUUUCGCCUUCAAGGACUCCCAAACCCUCGUCCCCAAGGAGACACUCAAUUUCUUUUGCAAACUCAAGAGGAUUUUUUGAUGAUAAAUCUUCCGGUUUUUCUUCUGUACCUUCAAGCCAGUUCAGUUCCAUGUCGAGUUUGGAGUCAGGAUCACAACCAGGGAAAGCCCGAGUUGAUGGAAAAGAAUUCUUCCGCCAAGUCAGAACCAGGCUAUCAUAUGAGCAGUUUGGGGCAUUUCUAGCAAAUGUAAAGGAACUUAACUCCCACAAGCAAACAAAAGAGGAAACCUUACGGAAGGCGGAUGAAAUUUUUGGCCCUGACAACAAGGACCUUUCUGUCAUUUUCGAGGGGUUAAUCACGCGGGUCGGGACUGGACUGCUCUCUGCUCGGUCCGACCUGACUCGACUGCUGCUGGCAAGUCUGCUGGUCUGGACUAGGCACCGACUGCUAGGUGCUGCCACUGAGAGACCUAGGUUUGCUGGGCACUGCUGGCUACUGGGAAGCGCUAGGGCAGACUCGGUUCAGCUGCUGGGAGGACAUUGGCACGCUUAA